AUGCCAUCUCCGGAGAUCACCCGACGGCCGCAGAACACGGAGGUGAAGCUAGGCGGACGGCUGGAGCUGCCCUGCGAGCGGCGCGGCGAGCCGACGCCUCGCGUCCGCUGGGAGUUCCAGGCGGCCGGCACCAACUUCUUCCGCCCGCUCGACGAGAAGGCGGAGAACCACGUCACGGGCGAGGACGGCCGGCUGACGGUGCUCAAGGUGACCAAGCAGGACGAGGGCCGCUACCGGUGCCGCGUCUGGAGCUCGCUCGGCGUGCAGAAGGCCGUGGCCCAGGUGGCCGUCAGAGUGCCGGUGCAGGUGCUGCAGACCCGUACUGUGACCGAGGCCGUGCCCAGCGGCGCACUGGUGACCCUGGGCUGUGACCUGGGCGGCGACCCCCUACCGGAGGUCACCUGGCUCUACAGGGGCGAACCGCUGCGGAAGUCCAGUUGGCAGGCUGAGGUGGUGUCGCAGCCGACUUACCCGCCGUUUGCGCGGUUCGUGCGGUCGGAGCUGUUUGUGCGGCCGGCCGCCUCCAGCGAGUACAUCUGCCAGGGCGCCAACCGGGUGGUGGGGCGUCCACGCGCGGCCGCCGCCGUCGUGGCCGUCGGCGUGCGCGGCGUCCCACGCACAGGGUACGACGGCUCUUCGCCGCUGGGCUACUGCGCGCCCUACGUGGGCGAGGUGUGUCGGCACCACCUGAGCGCGGCGCCGUUCGUCUGGUACAACACCACCUACCAGGGUGGCGACACGUUCGACCAUGAGCGCGCCGUCCGCCAGCAGCUCCUCCACCACGCCGACGACCUCAGCGACGUGUGUCGGCCUGCUCUGGAGACGCUGCUCUGCAGUGUAGCAUUUCCGCAGUGCAGCCAGUCCAACGGCACACAGGCGGCACUGCCGCCCUGCCGGGAGGACUGCCUGGCUGUGCGCGAGCUCUUCUGCGCCAAGGAGUGGCUGCUCGUCAAAGACUCCAGGGUGCCCAGCCACCUGGCGCUGCCGACCUGCGAGCAGCUGCCGGAGCAUGGGGACGGCGCGCGCCACCGCUGCUCGUACGCCGGCCUGACCGUCAUGCUCACCUCGCUCGUCACCUACGACUGCGUGCGGGGCCGCGGCCGCUACUACCAGGGCCGGGUCAACUCGACGGCCGAGGGCAUCCUGUGCCAGCGCUGGGACGCGCAGCACCCGCACGAGCACAGCACCCCGGUGGGCCUGUUCCCGGAGCUGGCCGGCGCCGAGAACUACUGCCGCAACGCCGGCGGCCAGGAGCCGCAGCCCUGGUGCUACACCACCGACCCGGCCGUCCGCUGGCAGCACUGCGGCGUCGAGCGAUGCGCGGACAACAGUACGCUAUACGCCGAUGACCCGGCCGCCGCCUGGGAGCGCGACUCGGCCGUGUCGGCGGCGGCGCCGGCGGGGGACGCCGCCGACGGCUUCCCUCUGCCGAUGGACCCGGUCUUCCUGCUGGUGCUGGCCGUGGCCAGCGUCACGGCCGUCAUCAUGGCGGCCAUGGCCGUGUACGGCUGCUGCCGCUGUCGGCGGGCGCGUCGCCGCGCCGCCCAGCGCAAGGAGGCGGAGGCGAUCGAUCUGACCAAGCUGCCGUCCAACACCAGCUACCACCAGCACGCGCCGCUGCUGCCGGCUAGCCUUGAGCCGCUCGAGUACGCGCGCAACGACAUCAUCUACGUGCGCGACCUGGGCCAGGGCGCGUUCGGUCGCGUUUUUCAGGCGAAGGCGCCGGACCUGGUAGAGGGCGAGGACUUCACCAUGGUGGCCGUCAAGAUGCUGAAAGAGGACGCGUCGGAGGACAUGGAGCGCGACUUGGAGCGCGAGGCGCGCCUGCUGGCCGGCUUCGACCACCCAAACAUCGUGCGGCUGCUGGCGGUGUGCGCCGUCGGCCGACCGCUCUGCCUGCUGUUCGAGUUCAUGAACCAGGGCGACCUGAACGAGUACCUGCGCCAGGCGUCGCCCAAGAACGUCAUCAUCAAGCACGAGACGGGCGAGAUCUUCAGCGACUCGACGCUGAGCCACCUGGACAUGACGAUGAUCGCCCAGCAGAUCGCCAGCGGCAUGCAGUACCUGGCCGAGCGGCAGUUCGUGCACCGCGACCUGGCCUGCCGCAACUGCCUCAUCAACGAGCAGAUGGUGGUCAAGAUCGCCGACUUCGGGCUCUCGCAGAAGAUCUGCUCAAACUACUUCCGAGGCGACGAGCACGACGCAAUCCCCGUGCGUUGGAUGCCGCUGGAGAGCAUCCUCUACAACAAGUACACCCUGCAGUCGGACGUGUGGGCGUUCGGCGUCGUGCUCUGGGAGAUCUUCUCGUUCGCGCUUCAGCCCUACUUCGGCAUGUCGCACGAGGAGGUGGUGCGCCACCUGAAGGAGGGCAACCGGCUGAAGCGACCCGAGAACACGCCGCGCACCAUCCACCAGCUGAUGCAGCACUGCUGGGCGACGGAGGCGGAAAAGCGGCCGUCGUUCGCCGCCAUCGUGGAGCGGCUGCUCGAGUUCCAGGACCGGCUGGACCAGCAGAUGGGCGUGUACGGCUACACGACGGCCGCCAACAGCGCCUACACCAGCCGCGCCCCGAGCAUCGGCAGCCCGUCCACCUCCAGCCGACGGUGAGGUCGCCCCGCGCGGGUGGAUAGUCUGGGUCCGAUCCGCUCUGGGUUGGGGCGGGGACCGGCGGCGGCGCCGGCUCGGCCAGGCCGCGUCUCAAGCUCUAUGGUCGCGCGCGGCUGCUCCCUCAGCCGGCGCGCGGCCCCUCAGAGCCGUCUUAUUUCGACCGUGCCGUCGAGCGGUCUUCUCAUCGGCGGUGGGUGUCCCGCGCUGCUACUCAGUUGCGUUCGCACGCGCCCUGCCGCCGUGGUAGCGAAUGUAGGAGAGGGCAUAAUCUCGUGCGGCGAACGUAGCCUCUGUUGCUUCUCCAGGGUGCUUAGCUGUCUAGUCUCGUUCGGCGUAUGUUGCCGAUGUGUGCGCGUGUGUACCCCACCGACGCGUGGUCGGUGCGGGUCAUAUGGAGCGACCUGGCUUUGCGUGUACUUGUGGCAAUAGCGUGUAGACAGGUACGUGUCGCGCCGCCCGUCGCGAAGCGUCAGUUCUGUGCAAGAAGUCUUCACGGGCCGCAGGGCGACGACGUUGCUUUCGACCCGCUUCAAUUUUUCGGCCGAUUUUCGUGCCAUCGAUCGACGUGGAUCCUUCCCGUUUUUACACUUUUGUAUCCGCCCGGCUUUGCAUGCACGGUUUCGUACAUGAGCCGGCGGGAGACCCGCCGGUCUCUGGUGCCGCCCCCACUCACUGCAUAUGCUCUUCGUACUGCCGACUGGGUCCGCGGCCCCCGCGGCCGGAGGGCGCGGACGAGUCGUCGGCCGCCGCCCGGGCCGCUCGCGCCGCGCCCGACCCCCUAGUCACGAUCGCUCGUCCGUAGUCGGUGUACCCCUAGCUGUGUAGCGACCAGUCACGCACCGAGCCCGGCACUCACCUUGUGAUAACUACUCGCCAAAUAUACAUGCUGACUACGUCGCGCUUUCUUACGCCGGGCGAGAAGGCCGCGCGUAACCGACGCGGCUCGGUCACCGCAAGGUGUGCUCAAUGUCCUGCACCUCGCGUGCGC